AUGCUCAACGAAUUGAACGAAGCAGAGAAGAGUAUAGGACUACGAAUAAACAGAAAGAAGACACAGUUCAUGAAGAACGCCUACUGCGAGGACGGAGGAGUACAACUUGAAGGUUCCCAAAUCGUGGAAACUCCGUCAUACGUAUACCUUGGACGUUCAAUGAACAUGGAAAACGACUUGAAUGAAGAACUAAAUAGAAGAAUGAGAGCAGCAUGGGCAGCAUUCGCAGCCGUCAGGGAAGCUACUGACCAACUGACGGACCAAGAUCUUCGUGCCCAUCUGUUCGACUCGACAGUCCUUCCAGCGCUCUGUUACGCAGCGGAGACUUGGGCAGACACCACGGCCAAGUCUAGGAAGCUACUUACUACCCACAGAGCCCUUGAGAGAUGUCUCCUGAAGUUUAACCGGCGCACACAACACCUAGCCGGUCUUCGUACUUAA